UUUAUGGCUCUGAUUGAGUUGCGUAUACAAACAACCUCAGCAGCAAGCAAGUCUGCUCUUGGCCUCUUAAUAUGAAUAUGAAGGGAGCUAAAUAAUCAUGAGUUUAAAAAAUUAAAAAAAAAUAAAAACUUGGGUUUUGUUUGUUGGACGAUUUUUGCAGAAGUGUGUCACCACCUCUUCAACAACUUCUGAUUGGUCCACGUGGCAUCUAUGAAGUGAACUGCACCAGAUCAGCCUCUGGUCCAUUCUCUCACAUUUUGAAAUGAAUACUUGAAAAAAAAAAUUUUUGACACACCAAUUAGGGGAAUUGCCAAAAUGCUUAAAACCCAAGUGAAAUCUGUCCUUGCUGAACAGCAGCCUGUUGGAGCAAAACUCCACAUGUAUAUCAAUGAUGGCGCACCCGCCACACUCACCUUUACACAACAAAAACCACCAUUAUCAUCUUCCUUGUUGUCGCUCUAUCACUAGCAAGAGCUUAUCUGCAGCUGCUGCUGCUUCUGUUGCUGCAUUACAGAAAUUAAGCUGCUCAUGUCUGCCACUUCCCCUGCUUCUUCUCUCUCUCUCUUCAACUUGUUCUUUUCGUGUUCGUAUUUCCUUACCUUUCUUGCUCAAACAAGAUGGAAAGUCUUCUUUCAUCUUUUUUCUUCUAGCUUUCCCAUCCGUAACCAGCACUACUAGCCCACCUGCACAAUUAAGCUUCCAGCAUAUUCGUUUCAAAGCAAAUAUGUCACAGGUGUGGUACCGAAAAGGUACCGAAAAAGGCUACAGGGGAAGGAGGAGAUGUGUCACCGAAGCCAAGUGGCCUUACUAUUAAUACCCCAAAAAUCUUUUAGCUAGCUAGCAAGUUAGCAACCAACCAACCAACCAUUUUACUUUACAAAUCUUGAAGAGUUAAGCAAAGACCAGAAAAACCAAAAAAAAAAAAAAGAAGAGAAAAAAAGAUGUCACUUUCCUGCACAAAAAACUUCUUCAAGAGGUUCUGUAUCGAUGAAUAUCAAAUAGAUAGUUUUGCUCAGAGCAGCUUCUUCUCUAGUGAUCUUCUGCCCUCCCUUGGAGCCAGAAUCAACCAGUCAACUAAGCUCAGGAAAUACAUUAUAUCCCCAUACAAUCCUCGCUAUAGGGCUUGGGAGAUGCUACUUGUUCUUCUAGUCAUUUACUCCUCCUGGAUUUGCCCGUUCGAGUUUGCAUUUCUGCCUUACAAGCAAGAUGCUCUUUUCGUCCUUGACAACAUUGUCAAUGGCUUCUUUGCCAUUGACAUCUUCCUCACUUUCUUUGUUGCCUAUCUCGACAGCCGCUCUUAUCUUCUCGUUGACAAUCCCAAGCAAAUCGCAAUGAGGUACAUCUCAACCUGGUUCAUUUUCGAUGUGUGCUCCACUGCACCAUUUCAGUCAAUUAGCCUCCUCUUCACAAAUCAUGGCAGCGAACUUGGCUUCAAACUACUCAACAUGCUCAGGCUCUGGCGCCUCAGACGUGUCAGCUUCUUGUUUGCAAGACUUGAGAAGGACAUUCGGUUCAAUUACUUCUGGAUUCGGUGCACAAAGCUCAUAUCUGUAACCCUUUUUGCAGUACACUGUGCUGGAUGCUUCAACUAUCUGAUCGCAGACCGAUAUCCUGACCUGAAACGAACCUGGAUUGGUGCAGUGUACCCAAAUUUCAAAGAGGACAGUCUCUGGAACAGAUAUGUGACUGCAAUAUACUGGUCUAUAACAACACUAACAACAACUGGCUAUGGGGACUUGCAUGCUGAGAACCCCAGGGAGAUGCUGUUUGACAUUUUCUACAUGCUCUUCAACUUGGGAUUGACAUCUUACCUCAUUGGAAACAUGACAAACCUUGUGGUUCAUUGGACCAGCAGAACCAGAAUCUUUAGGGACACAGUGAGAGCUGCUACGGAAUUUGCAGCAAGAAAUGACUUGCCCCAACGCAUUCAGGAUCAAAUGUUGUCACAUAUAUGCCUCAAGUUCAAGACAGAAGGAUUGAAGCAGCAAGAGACCUUAAAUGGUUUGCCAAAAGCCAUUCGUUCAAGCAUUGCACAACAUCUCUUCUUCCCCAUUGUUCAAAAAGUCUAUCUCUUUCAAGGAGUUUCUCAUGACUUCCUCUUUCAGUUGGUAUCAGAAAUAGAUGCAGAGUAUUUUCCACCCAGGGAAGAUGUAAUUCUACAAAAUGAGGCUCCAACGGAUCUUUACAUACUGGUCUCAGGUGCAGUGGAUUUGAUAUGCAAUAUUGAUGAGCAUGAGCAAGUUGUUGGAAAGGCAACUGCUGAUGAUACUUUGGGAGAAAUAGGAGUAUUAUGUAAUAUGCCACAGCCUUUCACCGUUCGGACCACCGAACUUUCUCAGAUUUUACGACUCCGCAGCAGUUCCCUGAUGGCCACCGUACAAGCAAAUAAGGAAGAUGAGCAAAUUAUCAUGAACAACAUUUUUAUGAAACUGAAGGGGCAAGAAGGGUUGGGCUGCGAAUAUCCACAUACAGAUCCAAUAGAAGGAUGCUGUUCUCAAGCACAAUGCAAAGAUAAUUCACAUCAAGAUCCAUCGAUGCAGGAAGCGAGGAAUGAUUUGUUUACAGGUCCAGAGGCUACAGAGAAGAGUGAGAUAUGCAAGGCUGAUAUUUUAACUAGAUGUGCAAUGGAUGUCAACAUCGCUGCUGAGGACGGCCAAAUGGCUCUUCAUUCUGCUGCUAGCCAGGGACAUAAGGAAAUGGUUAAAAUUUUGCUUGAAGGAGGAACCAAUGUAAACAAACCGGAUACUAGAGGUUGGACGCCAAAAGCUCUGGCACAACAGCAGGGAAACAAGAGCAUAAAUGACCUCUUACGAAGUUAUGAGAAUAGGAGAAUAGAUGAACAUAGAAUAGAGUUUAGUGAGCCAGAAACACCUGAAAGCACCAGGAAUUGUAAAGGAAAUUCCAAAAGACACGAGGGCACCCAGUUUUUCCACUCUCACUUGAGAAAGAAACCCAUGAAGUCCUACUCAGGCACUUCUAGCCCUGCAAGAGAUAGAGAAGGGAUGAGAUCAAUCAACAAGAGAGUAACUAUCCACAUGCAUUUUCAAAAUGGAAGUGCAUCAGAGAUGCAGCUUGCAAAGUUAAUAAUCCUACCUGAUUCGAUGGAAGAGCUGCUCAGAGUUGCCAGUGAGAAGUUUGGAGGCUACAAACCUACAAAAGUCAUUAAUGCAGAGAAUGCAGAAAUAGAUGACAUAAGUGUUGUUCGAGAUGGUGAUCACCUGUUUCUUCUUCAUCAUGACUCUGAUAAUAUGAAUUCUGAUGUGACUUAAUAUUAUUUAGAUACAACUACGUAGAGGUGAAGAUGGCUUGUAACUUUUAGGCAAUGUAAAAUAAGAUGUUAACAGAAAUUUUGAUGCGACUACACCAGUUGAAGA